CAUGCGUAGUGGUUACUACUAAUUACUAUUAUUACUAUACUCUUUGCAUUAUGCUAGAUAUUGUAAUAAAUAGAUCUGCGAUACGAUAAGGAAAGCAAUAACCGCUUGACAUUUCAUUUCAUGUUGACAGUUGAUGUAGCGUUAAAAAAUCACUAAAAAGUUUUUAAAUACCUAAUUUAUAGUUUAUUUAAAAUAAUUAUGAUAUAAUUUUAUGUUUAAUUAUAGUCGGCAAGAAUGUUUUAUCAUAUUUCCCUAGAACAUGAAAUCUUACUGCACCCAAGAUAUUUCGGACCUCAGCUACUGGAUACAGUAAAACAGAAGUUAUACAUAGAAGUAGAAGGCACUUGUAGCGGCAAAUAUGGUUUUAUUAUAGCAAUAACAACAAUUGAUAGUAUAGGGGCGGGACUGAUUCAGCCCGGGCAAGGGUUUGUGGUGUAUCCUGUGAAAUGCAAAGCCAUAGUGUUCAGGCCGUUCAAAGGAGAGGUUCUUGAUGCAAUUGUCACACAGGUCAACAAGGUUGGAAUGUUUGCACAAAUUGGUCCGUUAACAUGCUUUAUAUCUCACCAUUCAAUCCCAGCGGAUAUGGAGUUCUGUCCCAAUGUGAAUCCCCCUUGCUACAAGAGCAAACAGGAAGAUAAUGUCAUACAGGAAGAGGAUGUGAUUAGGCUAAAGAUAGUGGGUACGAGGGUCGACGCCACUGGCAUUUUCGCCAUUGGCACCUUAAUGGACGAUUAUUUAGGUUUAGUGACACAGUAAUUUUAUAUUAAAUAUAUGUACAAUUAACUUUUCAAUAAAACGAUAAUAUUA